CCUAUAGCAAGAGGAAAAAAAAUAAUCAGCUGACCAAUACUAUGAUAAUGAAACAGUAUUCUCUUUGGUCUUCUGUCAGUUUAUAAUAAAUUAUUGUAGAAAAAUCAGUUAAUCGUAUUUAUCAGUUGUUAUAAAAAAUUUAGUGCUGUUACUUACGAAAUUUAAUAAAUUUUCAAUUUUUAAAAUGAGUAUUGAUAACUUUUAUACCGUCGCAUUUGAUCUUGUUAAACAAGCCGGCGCAAUUAUUCGAGACAAAAUAAACAGGCCAAAAGAUGUUAUGGUUAAGUCUUGUGACGUCGACCUUGUUACUGAAUCUGAUCAGAAAGUAGAAAAACUUUUUAUGGAAGGAAUAAUCGCAAACUUUCCGGAUCACAGAUUUAUUGGAGAAGAAACUACAAGUUCUGGUACAAAAAUACAAUUAACAGAUGCUCCAACAUGGGUAAUAGAUCCAAUCGAUGGUACUAUGAACUUUGUUCAUGGUCUUCCUCAUACAUGCAUAUCAGUAGCUCUUUUAAUAAAUAAAGUCGCUGAGAUUGGAAUAGUUUAUAAUCCUAUUCUCGAGCAACUUUUUACUGCUCGGAAAGGCCAAGGUGCAUUUAUGAAUGCAAAUCCUAUUAAAGUAUCUGGCGAAAAAGAACUUAAUAAAUCUUUACUUAUGUUUGAAAUGGGAACAAGCAGAGAUCCCGAAAAAAUGAAAAUCGUUAUGGAAAAUUUAAAAAUAUUAACUUCUAAAGUUCACGGAUUGCGUGCAUUAGGAUCAGCAGCAUUAAAUAUGUGCAUGGUAGCUUUAGGUGGAGCUGAUGCUAAUUUUGAAUUUGGUAUUCAUAUAUGGGAUUUUGCAGCGAGUGAUUUAAUUGUUCGCGAAGCCGGUGGUUGUUGCAUUGAUCCAGCUGGUGGUAAAUUAGAUCUUUUAAGUCGACGAUUACUAUGUGCAUCAUCACCAGAAUUAGCGCAAGAGAUAUCAAGUCUUUUAGUUCAAUAUUAUCCAGAACGUGAUUAAAAAUUGGAAAAAAAAAUUUAAGUUCUACAGCUUAUUAAUAUUAAAAACAAGUAGACUCAAUCUACAACAAGUAAAAACAGAAUGUUAGUGAAUUUCUUGUCAAUAUAGAUACAAGAGAAUUUAACACAUGUCAUUGUGAUAAUUGAAGCAUUUAUGGGGUGUACAAGAUAAACAACUAAUAUUUUAAGAAUUAAUUUAAAAACUCAAUUUAUUUUAUUGGUUGUACUUAAUUUAUAAUGAUCCAAUUGCAAUAAAUAAUUCCAAUAAUUAAA